AUGGCUUUCAUAUGGCGGCGACGUUCCACUUCAAUUGUAAAAAUAAUUGCCAUUUUGAUGGCCAUUUGGUUUUUCGUUGCAUUCUUCAUUUACACCGAUGAUGCACGCCGUGAUCCGACGGCCACCAACAAAUGGAAUGCCAUGAAUUUGCCGUGGCAACGUUUUGGUGGUGUGGCCGGCAAUGGAGCCGGAGCAGUCGCCGGUUCCGGUUUGGCCAACAACAAUCAAGUGGACAACUAUGAACGUGAUGCUGGCGCAUUUGAGGCAGGUGGUGGUUUUGGUGUUGCCAACAAUCCCGGCAUCGCUGGUGGUGGUGGUGCUGGCGCCAAUGUCGACGAUGAAGGUGUUGCCGCUGCCGAUGUGCCCAUUGCCCAACCGGAUAACGGCGAUUUAAUGGCCGCCGGUGCCGAUCCAGAUGAUAAUGCCGCCGAUAUCAAUGAAGGUGAUGAAUCGAUAUUGAAUAAUGUCAUUGUCCAGCAUCCAAAUGAUAAAGUUUAUCAUGGAAAAUUAAUUGCCGGCGGUAGUGGUGGUGAUAGGAGUAAUCCCAAUGAUGAUGGCAAAAAUGUACUCGCCCCACCAUCGCCACCCAAAGAUUCACCCGGCGAGAUGGGUAAGCCAGUAACACUGCCCGCCAAUAUGACAGAAGAAAUGAAAAAGGCGGUCGACGAUGGCUGGCAAAAGAAUGCCUUUAAUCAAUAUGUAUCGGAUAUGAUUUCAGUGCACAGGACACUGCCAGAUCCCCGGGAUGCAUGGUGUAAAGAGCCGGGACGUUAUCAAAAAGAUCUACCAGCCACUGAUGUAAUUAUUUGUUUCCACAAUGAGGCGUGGUCCGUGCUAUUACGUACCGUACAUUCCGUUUUUGAUCGUUCACCCGAACAUUUGAUAGGCAAUGUUAUACUCGUUGAUGACUACUCGGAUAUGCCCCAUACGAAAAAACAAUUGGAAGACUAUUUUGCCGCAUAUCCAAAGGUUAAAAUUCUACGUGCACCAAAGCGUGAAGGUUUAAUACGCGCCAGACUACUCGGUGCACGUCAUGCCACUUCACCGGUCCUAACAUAUUUGGAUUCACAUUGUGAAUGCACUGAAGGCUGGCUGGAACCAUUGCUGGAUCGCAUUGCUAGAAAUUCAACAACGGUUGUGUGUCCCGUUAUCGAUGUCAUCGACGAUACAACUUUGGAAUAUCAUUAUCGUGAUUCGGGUGGUGUUAAUGUUGGCGGUUUCGAUUGGAAUUUGCAAUUCAAUUGGCAUGCGGUGCCCGAACGGGAGAAGAAACGCCAUAAGAAUCGCCUUAUUAUUCACGAACAACCCCAUCCCACGAAAGUGGAGAAUAAUCCUUAUGGACCCUUUCACUGCCACAAUGGCCAACAUAAUGGCAGGGAACGGCACACAGCAGCUUUCAGGCAUUAA